UUUGCCUAGUCGAAGACGUUCCCCCAGGUCUUAUCAAUCAAAUUAAUCGAUUUCACGGCGAUCGCGUAUUUGUUUAAUAAUUGUCCGUCGGUUGUGAGUGGAAACGUGACGAUUUUAAUAGGAUUUUUGUUGUUUUUUUUUUCGGUUUGUGGUGGUUGUUUUUGGUGACCCAGAACUUGAAAAAGUAAAAUUCCCUUUAACGUCGAAAUACUGAUGGUGAAUUAGACCGUGUCAGUCUACAUUAGAACACCAUUAAUCCAUUGCACCGUCUAAACUUUAAUUAGAAAAUGACUUUGAAGAAGUAAAGAUAAAAUGUCGAGCAGCACGCAGAAACCCAAGUACAUGGGCAAACCAUUUAUUAAGAAAAUUUACGAGACUCACAAGAAGUGGCUUGGAGGUGAAUCGAAAUCACAAAAAUCAAAGAAGUACGAAAAUAUUGAAUUCAAAGUUGAAGAAGAUCAGGCUAAGUUCGAUUCAAUACAAAGUGACAAACUUAGAAUAGUGAUUAAUAGUUUCGAUAAGAUUUUGGAUGAGUAUAGCAGCAUUACGUCAGUUGAUAGUAAUAAGGAUUCAUCAUCUGUUAGUAAUAUUGAAGUUGAGGCAUCACCAGUAAGCCCUCCAGUACCUAAAAGACAUUCGUCACCAAAGGCUUUGCAAAAACCAUCGACUGAAAAUGUUGCAGAACUUCCUAAAGUUGUGCCACCACCCAGAAAACAUUCUACACCGAAAAAGGAAAAAGCACUAAUUAAACAGCAAAUUGUAGAGAAAAAAAUUGUAGACAUAAAACCAAUUACAUCACCAACCAAAAUCCCCAAACUGGUCAAAGCGAAAACUUGCAGCAUUAUUGAAUCAAAAUGCAUUUUGAAGAAGACCAACUCCAAUUCGAGCCUUGGAAGUCCAGCUUCGUUACAAUUGAUGUCCACAACCAAAACCAAAAGCAUGUCAAAUUUAGAUAUGAACGCCACAACUCCUGUUAAAAUAGUGCCAAUAAUAUUCGACCUUCCGUGUCCUCAAAGUAUAUCUGUCAAACAGAAAAUCGCUCCGGAAGUACCUCCAAAACCAUUUCUGGAUGUUUCCACCAAUUCCACUCAGCAAAAGUUUAUUGAAUCUCCUGUUAAAGUCAAAGAACUGGUGAAACGUUUAAACAAUCUUACUGAGAUUAAUAGUGUUACUGUAGAAACUCCAGCUCCAUCAAUACCGGCACAGCCAGUACUCUCGAAGGCUGUAAGCACAACAAACUUAAGCCUUUCGAAGAAACUUGGAUCAAUCAGUAGGAUACCAGUGAACUCUAGCCUUAGAAAGAGUUUCCCGAGCACUCCGUGCCAUCUAGAUAGAAUAGAUAGUACUGGAAGUGCACAAAGGCAACCUGGCAUGAGCAAGGCAAAAAGUAUUCAAAAUUUGGCCAAACCUAGAUUAUCGCUGCAACUGUCUAAUUCUAGUAGCUUAUUGGAAGAAAACCAAAAUGGGACUAUGAGUAAGGCUAGAAGCGUUCAAAAUUUAGCUAAACCAAGAUUGUCUUUGCCCAGAGAGCCCAGUAGUAUCGGUAAAAGUGUUCCUGAUUUAAUUAAAAAUAAAACUCUUGCCAAUAAACAGAAUACAGUUAAAGCUAAAGUGGCUACUAGAAAGGUUGUAGAAGUAAAACCAAAAUUGCCAGUGAGUGCUUCUACAUCUACAUCACCUAAAACUAGCCCCAUUAAAAUCAAUAAGGAAAAAUCAAAGCUUAUGAAUGUGGCGAAACCUAAGCAAACUGUUGUUAAGACUUCUUCUGUAGAUGGAUCCAAGGGAGUUAUCAAAAAAUCUGAUAUUUUAACAAAAUUGAAGCCAGCUGAAGAUGUAGAUCCUAAGAAUGCUUUUGUAGCAGUGCGAGGUCCUAGAGAUAAAAAUGUGAAUAUUGUGAUUAAAAAAUUGGAAAACAAAGUGCCGCAAGAAGAAACUAAUAUAGUUCGUAACCAAGUUAAAAAAGCUGAAAAAACUUUCGGUGAAAAGAAGGCACAAUAUGAACAAAAAUCUGUGGAGAAUUCUUUGAGAAAAGGACCGUCCACAGUCAAACUGGAUGUGCAACCUACCAAAAACCUGGCGGAAAACGAUUCAAAGUUUUAUUUGGCUUCACAAGAUUUCGUUGACGGUACCCGCACAUCCAAGAAAAUAAAAUCAGAAAAGUGCCUGGAUUAUAACUCCGAUAAUUCGGAUGAUUCUGGAAAUAUUUCCAAUGAAGUUGAUUGUGACGAAGUGAAUUCUACAUCCUCGGUUCGUAGUAGAACAAGUACAGAGUCAUUAUCCACCGUUUUGAGUUCAAAAGGUGUCACUACGAAGGAUUUGAGUGUAGGUUCUUGUAAUGGCAGUCUGGAUGAGAGUCCAAAGAAGAUCUUUUUCCGUACUGGUGUCGUUUCUCAGUUAGAAGCUCAACGUGACGAACGUCUUGCAGGUGUCGUUAUUUCCUUGCAAGCCCAUUGCCGAGGUUAUUUGGCGCGCAGAAAAUUGCAGCAAAGGAAAUUGCAAGAUUUGGCUGUGAGAUGCAUUCAAAGAAACGUAAGAAAAUUCAUGUUGGUGCGAGAUUGGCCCUGGUGGAGGCUUCUGGUCAGGGUUACGCCUUUGUUGAACGUCCACAGAACUGAGGAGGAACUUAGAGCUAAAACGAGAUUUAACCUAACAGGGGGCUUAAUAAUUUUACCUGAACGUGAAGUAGUAACAGCUGUUGAGGAAGGUGAAGCAGAACUAUCGUUAUUAGAUGAUUUUCUUGAUAUAAAUUCUUCCGAAUGA